GCCACUGGUCAGUGGAUUAGUAGCUGCUAGCUAGCUCUGCUUGUCAGUAGCCUCGAUCUGCAACCACGCAUUGUCAACACCAGGUAGUAGCUAGCGCGGGCGUGUUGCAAGUGCACGGCCGGCGAUAUACAUGGCCGCCGGCGAUCUCCUCCCCCCGCUGCGGCUGCUGCUCCUCGCCGCGCUUGCGGUGACCGCUGCCGCCGCCGGCGGAACGGGAGAGGGGAGGGCGGCGCCGGCGCCGGCGCCGGCGCUGUUCGUGUUCGGGGACUCGCUCAUCGACAGCGGCAACAACAACAACCUGGCGUCGCUGGCCAAGGCCAACUACUUCCCCUACGGCAUCGACUUCGCCGACGGCCCCACCGGCCGCUUCUGCAACGGCUACACCAUCGUCGACGAGCUCGCCGAACUGCUUGGACUGCCCCUAGUGCCACCCUACUCAGAAGCCUCGUCGGUGCAGCAAGUCCUGCAGGGCACCAACUACGCCUCUGCCGCCGCCGGGAUCCUCGACGACAGCGGCGGCAACUUUGUUGGACGGAUCCCAUUCAACCAGCAGAUCAAGAACUUCGAGUCAACAAUGGCAGAGAUCACCGCCGCCAUGGGCGCAUCAGCAGCAGCAGACCUAAUGUCACGCUCCAUCCUCUUCGUGGGGAUGGGCAGCAACGACUACCUGAACAACUACCUGAUGCCCAACUACGACACGCGGCGCCGGUACAGCCCGCAGCAGUUCGCCGACCUCCUGGCCCGGCAGCUCGCCGCGCAGCUCACUAGGCUGUACAACGCCGGCGGCCGGAGGUUCGUGGUUGCCGGCGUCGGGUCGAUGGGGUGCAUCCCGAGCGUGCUGGCGCAGAGCGUCGCCGGGCGGUGCUCGCAGGAGGUGGACGACCUCGUGCUCCCCUUCAACGCCAACGUGCGGGCGUUGCUCGACGGCCUCAACGCCGCCGCCGGUGGUGCCGGUGGCGGUGGUCUCCCUGGUGCUCGGCUCACGUACCUGGAUAAUUUUCGGAUUUUCAGAGCCAUCCUCGGCGACCCGGCUGCGUUCGGGUUCACCGUCGUCGACCGUGGCUGCUGCGGCAUCGGCAGGAAUGGCGGGCAGGUCACCUGCCUGCCAUUCAUGGCGCCGUGUGAUGACAGGGAGCGCUAUGUGUUCUGGGACGCCUACCACCCCACGGCGGCCGUCAAUAUCAUCAUUGCAAGGCUGGCGUUCCAUGGUGGCACAGACGUCAUCUCGCCCAUCAACGUCCGGCAGCUUGCCGGCCUCUGAGAAGAUGAUCGGAGUGCGUGGACAUAGCAAUAUAAACUUCUUCGUGCUCUGCUUGUUAGUACUUAUUAUAUAUAUUAGAACAAACUAAUAAAUUUGUGAUGUUAUUAUUACCCAAUGUAGGAAUAAAAUCCUACUAACAAACGCAUGGUGUGAUGAACACUGUAUGUCGAUCUCUGUAGGUUGCAUCUGUAUAUGUGUUCGUACCAGCUCAACGAUCACGGUGAAA